GCGUUUAUUGACAGACAUAGUGGCUGGACUACAUUUCCCAUCACUGCAUAGGGCACACAAGGAAGGAUUUCGGUAAGAGACGGUGUGUUUAGCACAUGCAAUGCAUACAAAUCUUUUUGGGAUGUGCUCUGCUCAGGACUUCACAUUGGGAUUGGAACCGUAACUCACACCACAAGGGGUCGGAGUGCAUUUAAAUACCCGCGACACAUGUUUCAAUGCUGUAGCACAUGCAGCGCAAACUAAUAGGUCUUUAUCUGGAGGCCUGGCGUACAUGUAAUAGGUGGGAGUUCUGCUGUGAAUGGCAAUGGGAGCAGAAAAAAGUCCAUAUGUAUCCACAGCCCCCCACAGAGCUUGCAGAAGAUUUUCUUCGCGGGCUAGCACGAUAAAAAAUAUCUGCUCAAUAGUCUGGAGAAGGCCAGUAGGCACCUUUCCAAAUUGUGCGUAUGAUAUCCUCAGGAUUAACAUGGACAUUUUACGCAAGCUUGUGUGUCAGAAAAAAUCUGUAUUUCGCAAAGUAUGGACCAAGCAUUCCAAAUCUGCCAUUUCUUAUGCGAAAGGAAGAAUUUAUUUUGACAAUUUCCGUUGUUGUUUUAACAGUAUUCCUGCAGAACCACAGUACAUGUAUGAAAUGCCCAAGUGUCCAAAAUCAGAAAAGAUUGAAGAUGCUUUGUUAUGUGAAAGUCCAGUGGGGGAAAACCUCGCUCUGCCUUCGGAUUACACUCCAUCAUUGAUAGCCAUUACAGGUGAUAACCAACUGCUACGUCUCUCUGCAGAUUCAGGAAAUAUCAUUGAUAAGGUCUACCUCGGAUCAUACAGAAAAUUCAGGUACAUUACCUGGGAUUCUCCUCAUGAGACUUUAGUACUGAAGUCUGUUCAGAUGAAAGCAAGGACAGAAUCUCAAGAGCAGUCCGGUUGCCAGAGGUCAGUGCUUUUUUAUCUGGCGGUGUUCUCCGUGUUCCCUUUCUCAUUAGUUGGAGUGCUGGCAAUAGAUAAAGAUAUUUUUGGAUCCAGCGUAACAGAUGCAAUCAUUUCACAUGGCAUGCUCAUUGUAAUGCACAGUGCUGGUCUGGUGCGACUCUACAACUUUGAAAAAAUCACUGAACAGUAUAUGCAGCAGAAACUUGUCAUUGGGCAAACUUGCACUUGGAAAGGUGAAACAGGGACGAUAGGCAACUUUCCUUUUGGCAUUCCCUGCAACAUUACCUUGACAGAAAGCCCUCCUUUACUUUUUGAAGUAUCCUGUCUCGAUAAUGCGUUUCAAGUAGGAGGAUGCCCUUGGCAUUACAUCAUCACUCCAAACAGAAAGAAAGACAGAGGGGUUUAUCAUAUCCGGUCGCUGGAUGAUCACAGGCUGGCAAAGAAUGGAGUAAGAGAAAUGAAUUGCUGCUCUUUAGAACCCGAUUGGAUUCACUUUCACCCUGAUGCUUCAGAACGAAUAAUUCAUGUAGGACCUGACCGGAUCAGUGUUCUAAGGCUGAAGGAGCUUCAGAAUGACGCCCAUGAACAUCAGGUUACGGAAGAGUUUACCAUUUUAGCCAACAGAGAAAGAGAGGUCAAUAACCGCGUUACUGUAACUGCUUCUGGGAGGUUGGUGAAAAGGCGUUUCAAUCAACUAGAUGAUGAUCCAGAGAAAGAGACUUUUAAGAUGGUGGUUUAUGAAGAUGAAUUGGACCUCCUGACCGUGGUUGCCGUGACUCAGACUGAAGCUGAAGGGAUAGCACAUGUUAACAUGCAUUGUAACGCAACAGGGAAACUUCUGAAAAAGAUCAAACUGCUGGAAUCCUGGGAUGUGACCCACAGCCAUGCUGUAUUUUUUGACAGAGAUACCCUGAUACACUUAGAGGAAAGACCUAACCGCAAUUUCUCCUGCUAUGUUUAUAAAAUGCUCUACAAUUCCGAGGACUAAAUGGAUCAUUGUCGAUAUUCUUCU